GGCGCUCACUCAUUCUUACUGGGAUAAAGAGGAGAUCGUUACUCGAGAAUAUUUACUUGACCUAGAAGAAAUUUACCUAAGUUUCACGAAAUAUACAGUAUAUCCAUUUUCCUCCGCGUGAACAAAAACUCUUGUUAGGCAUAUUAUCGCAAAGGUAGUCCACUCAUCGGGUUUCUCAAACUGCCUUGAGGAUCACGUGCAUCCGAAGUGCCUGCGUGUUUAAAGUCCAGCCACUCGCACACCUCCAGAACUACUGACUCAUUGGGAGUUGAAAAUCUGGUAACUGCUGGACCCGAGCCGUCAGUGCUUCCUGUUGUGUCCCCAGGUUAGUUUGGCACUAUGGGGAUACAAGGAUUGCUACAGUUCAUCAAAGAAGCUUCUGAACCUGUCCAUGUGCGGAAGUAUAAAGGGCAGGUAGUAGCUGUGGAUACCUAUUGCUGGCUUCACAAAGGAGCUAUUGCAUGUGCUGAGAAGCUAGCCAAAGGUGAACCUACUGAUAGGUACGUAGGAUUUUGUAUGAAAUUUGUAAAUAUGCUACUAUGUCAUGGGAUCAAGCCUAUUCUUAUAUUUGAUGGAUGUACUUUACCUUCUAAAAAGGAAGUGGAGAGGACUAGAAGAGAAAGGCGACAAGCCAAUCUUCUCAAGGGAAAGCAGCUUCUUCGUGAGGGGAAAGUGUCAGAAGCCCGGGAAUGUUUCACCCGUGCCAUCAAUAUCACACACUCUAUGGCCCACAAAGUAAUCAAAGCUGCCCGGUCUCAGGGAGUUGACUGCCUGGUGGCUCCCUAUGAAGCAGAUGCUCAGUUGGCCUAUCUUAACAAAGCUGGAAUUGUACAAGCUGUCAUUACAGAAGACUCUGAUCUUUUAGCAUUUGGCUGUAAGAAGGUGAUUUUGAAAAUGGACCAGUUUGGAAAUGGCCUAGAGAUUGAUCAGGCUCGGCUAGGAAUGUGCAGACAACUUGGAGAUAUAUUCACUGAAGAGAAAUUCCGUUACAUGUGUAUUCUUUCAGGCUGUGACUACCUCUCAUCUCUGCGUGGAAUUGGAUUGACAAAGGCAUGCAAAGUACUAAGACUGGCUAAUAAUCCAGAUAUUGUAAAGGUUAUCAAGAAAAUUGGCCACUAUCUCAAGAUGAAUAUAACAGUACCAGAGGACUACAUUGAAGGAUUUAUUCGAGCCAACAAUACUUUCCUUUAUCAGCUAGUUUUUGAUCCUGUCCAAAGGAAACUUGUCCCUCUGAAUGCCUAUGAAGAUGACAUUGAUCCCAAAACACUAACUUAUGCUGGGAAGUAUGUGGAUGAUUGUAUAGCUCUUCAAAUAGCACUUGGAAAUAAAGAUGUAAAUACUUUUGAACAGAUUGAUGACUACAAUCCAGACAUUACUACGGCUUCCCAUUGCAGAAGUAAUAGUUGGGAUGAGAAAGCAUGUCCAAAGUUACCUGCUGGCAAUAGCAUUUGGCAUAGGAAUUAUUGCCCUAGACUUGAGCCAAGUAAUACUUCAGAUGCUACGCAGUUGAAAGAAAAGCCAAGUACCUUGGGAAUUAAACAAGUGAUUAGUACCAAAGGAUUAAAUCUACCAAGGAAGUCAUCUAUAGUGAAAAGACCACGAAGUGAAGAGCUGUCAGAAGAUGAUCUGUUGAACCAGUAUUCUCUUUCAUUUAUAAAGAAGAAGAAAAGUAGUUGUGGAAAUAAUAAAUUAUUGAACUCUUCUAAAAUGCUUGUGCCUGAACUGGGAGAUGGAACCACUCUAAUGGAAAGCUUAAGCACACCACCUAAGACAAGGAACAAAUUUGCAACAUUUUUACAAAGAAAAAAUGAAGAAAGUGGUGCAGUUGUAGUUCCAGGGACUAGAAGCAGGUUUUUCUGCAAUUCUAUGGAUUCUGCUGCUUUUGCAUCAAAGACAGUCAACACUCAGUCUAUAAAUGACACCGCUGUCACCAAUAAUGCUGCUAAUCUUGGUGAUUCAGACUGUCCAGACCUAGAAGACGAGAAGUUGGUUGACACAAAUGUCACGCAUAAUUUAAGUGACCAGAUUUCUGAUGAUGUGACUAUGUUUGUCCAUGAAGAGUCUCAGUCUACCCAAACCAGCAAAUUCAUGAGGACCAUUUCACCACCCACUCUGGGAAGACUAAGAAGUUGUUUUAGUUGGUCUGGAAGUCUUGGAGAGUUUUCAAGAUCUCCAGGCCCCUCUGCAGGCACAGCAUUGCAGCAAUCUCAAAGGAAGAGUGAUUCCCCUCCGUGCCUGCCUGAGAACAGUGCCACGUCUGUUCUAUCUCAGCCAAAGAGUAAUGAGUCAGGUGAUGAGCCUCAGCCUUCCCAGGAAACAGCCUGGUCUUCACAGUCCCAGGAAAGCACAAUGUCAUCCCUACAUAGUGUAAAUGCAUCAAAUCUUUCUCAGCCUUCUAGUAAGGAUUCUGAUUCAGAGGAAUCUGAUUAUAAUAUUCAGUCACUGGAUAGUCAAGGUAACCAGACCUUCAAGCAACAUUUAUCUCAUUUUUCAAAGAAGGAUAUACCUCUAAGGAAGAAGGUUCCUUGGCUACAUAAGUCCAGUUCUGUGGACUGUCUUUCUGCAACCAAGAUCAAGCCUCUAGUACCAGCCCGAGUCAGUGGACUGAGCAAGAAGCCAGCAAGCAUCCAGAAGAGAAACCAUCAUAACUCCGAGAACAAGCCAGGAUUGCAGAUAAAAAUCAGCGAACUCUGGAAAAAUUUUGGAUUUAAAAAAGACUCUGAAAAGCUUCCUUCUUCUAAGAAGCCCCUGUCUCCAGUCAGGGAUAACAUACAACUCACUCCAGAAGCAGAAGAGGAUAUAUUUAACAAACCUGAAUGUGCACAUGUUCAGAGAGCAAUAUUCCAAUAGUGUGGCUGCUAGGCCUCUGGUGCCUACCUGAAAAUCAUCUGUUUGAAUUCCCUACCUGAAAAUGGGGCACUUGCCAGUCUAGAAGAUUUACUCUUAGAUCAAUUUCAAUUUUA